AUGGCUGCGUCGGCUAAGAAACGUGAUGUAGAAAAUAAGGCGAAGGAAAAUGAAGAUGUUACGAGCAGUGAUGUGAGCAGUGACGAAGAAAAUGUCGACAAUAAUGAUGAAAAGGGUAACCAGAUUAUGGUGGAUUUUGUGGGGCGUACGCCAGACGACUCAGAUUAUCAUGGGAUUAAGAUUCUGUUGCAGCAAUUGUUUUUAAAGGCUCAUGUUAAUAACGAAGAAUGUAUUCAGCAACUGCGCAGUCUUUUAAAAGAACUCUCCAGCGAGUACGCAACAGACUCAGUCAACGGAAUGAUCAACAACAUCCUUGAAAAUGAUUCCUCAGCACUAGGUCUGAUCAUUAAUGAAAGAUUCGUCAACAUCCCAGCAGAUAUAUCAGUUCCUCUUUUAGAGAACCUGAUGUCCGAUAUGAAGCGCGCGAUUGCCAAGAAGAUGGCCUACGACUUCAAGUACUACGUGAUAAUCUCAAAAUUGUCCAAACCGAAGACUGUAACUGUAAAGAAGAGCAAGAAAAACAAAAAUUCCGAAGAACCGGAAGAUUUGUGGAGCAAUCAAGAGGAAGAAGUAUUUGAUGAAGAAGCAAUGUGUAAAUUCGAGUUCUCCGUUGCUAAAGAAACAGACACUGGAUUAUCCGGGACCUGGAAUGAAGAUGACGACGAGCUGAUUCCCUACAGGCGUGUAAUGAUAUUCGAGGCUGAAAAAUUACCAGGAAUUAUUGAAAAAAUUAAAAAAUUUAUUGCUCAUUAA